ACAGACUUCGAAAACGGGCUAUAUUUAGGAAGAAGCACAGGAAGUGCUUCAUGAUAUCAUAUUAAAUGAAUGUUUGUUGUGUUUACAAAAUAUUUAACCGACCAGUUUAACAUAAUCAGACUAGUUUUCCAAUAUGCAAUGCAAAAUCAAAUAUAAAACAUCAUCAUUAAUCUGGGAACAAAGAAGAGCUUGUGACCCCAUUACGGUUUAUAAAUAUAGCCAGCAGCCAUUUUGAUGAAAAACAUCCGAUAUAUUAUUCCGUAAUGUAGCCUGUUUGUCGACCUCCCCUUGUACGUAAGAAAGAUGGAUUCGUCUCAUCAGAGGUAUCAACAUGACUUGUCUAUGGCAACAGACCUCAGUCUGUCAUCAAUGAACGAACAAGGGGACAUAGCUCUAUACCAGCAACCUCUAGACCUACAGGCCAACAACCAGGGCAACACAAGCAUGCAACAUGGCUACGUCAGCAACUACAGUAUGCAGGCAACAGAGCAAACUUCUCCUAACAGAAAUUACAUGCCAUCAGCAUCCAACAUUAAUGAUCAGUUUCACUCCAAUACACAUAUAUCACCAUACAAGUCCAGUUAUGUCAGUCCAUCUAAAGUUUCUUAUGAUCUACUUUCAAAUCAGUGUGGAAAUGAAAGCACCGGUAAACAAUAUUCUUUAGUGAAUAUAGUACCUGAUCAAGAUGUGCCUCGCACUCCUGUUAGAAAAUUCAACUUUGACCGGGCCUCGACUAUGAUUGUGAAACCUCCAAAGGGAUACACAGGCAGAGGGAGUGAGUUGACUUCAGGGAUCCCAGUCUUCAGAAACAAUCCCCCUGAAACCACCCUUAUAGCCGCACCAACUACUGGUACUUCAGAUUCCACACCUGCGAAGAACCUUGAUCCUCCUCCAGCCAUGAAGACAACACCCUACAAGCCAAGACAUAACAUCAGUGAGAAAGUGAUGAGGAUGGAGAAAGACACCCCUCAGAGCUCAUCUACUGAAGACAAGCUCGCCACGCAGGACUACACGGAGACUAAUCUACCGCGAGAACUGAUGAGCAAGAUGUUUGGACUGCUGAAGCAAGGCAUGUUUUGUGAUGCUGUUCUUGUAGCUGGAGGGAAAGAUAUAAAGGUUCACAAGCUUGUGUUGAUGGCAGCCAGUCCUUUCUUGAUGAACAAAAUGGCCAACCCCAGUCCUGGUGAGUCCAUUAGAGUGAGUCUGCCUGCUGGAAUUCCUUUGGAAGUGGCCUCUCAGUUGAUUCACUACCUGUAUGAUGGAAAUGUCACCAUCACUACAGAAAAUGUUGGGAAAUUUGCAAGAAUAGCUAAAUUGUUUCAUUUGGAACACCUCCUUCAAAUCUGUACACAAUUUGUCCUUCAUUAUAAACUUGACAGCUCUUUACUGAAUGUCAUGAAUGAAGACAUCUCUAUUGUGGUGAGUCCUAUCUCACCCCAUAAAACCACUGCAUCCCCUGAAGGUGUGCAAAAGACCCCAACAAAGAAAGAGGAUCGGAAUGUAAACAAGCCAUUAACCAGCAGUGGAAAGAAACCAAUCAAGGAGGCAAAUAAAACCUGCCCUAUUCCUACCACAGUCAACCACAUGUAUGGGACACGCACUCAGUCUGGUUCUGUCCGAAAGAAAACUUUCAAAGAUGAUUCCGCCACUAAUACAUCGAAGAAAACCAGCCCUUCAAAUAAAAAACUAGCUACUGGAGUUAUCAAACCUGAACCUUCAUCUGAAAAACGUGCAAACGUAUCGCCUAAACAAAACAGCAAUAUCCCAACAGUAGUUGCACAAUCCUCAUAUCUCAACCAUCCAAGAAAAAGGAGGCUUUCAAUGUUAGCCCAGGAGACUUUAGGCAACAGAGAGAAGGGAGAAUUUGAGGAGGAGGAUCUAGGUGGGGUGUCUGAAGAGGAGAUGAAUGAUGACACAGACAGUGACUACACUCCUCCCUCCAUUACCACACAAUCAGGGAUGCAGAGGGCAGUGUUUGAGGGUGCCAGGAAAGGGGGAAAAACCUUCAGGACAUUAAAGAAAUCGUCAACUCUCAGCAGCAUCAAGAAAGGGCUUAGCAAAAAGAGAGCACAAUCCAACUCACCUUUACUGAAGUCAGAGACUACCAGACAACCCCCAAAGAAGAGAGCAAGAGAAUUUGCAGAAAAAGAAGUAGAAGAAAUGGCUUCUUACAUCUUCAAGAAUGACACAGCCACAUUUACCAAUAUGAAACCUCUUCCAGGAAACAAGGGAAAGAAAAAGAAAAAGCAAGCUAAAAGUAGUUCUGCGGGAUCCUCCAAACUAACCCCAUAUUCUGGGAUAAGCCGAUAUGCCUCUGAACUGGAAGAAAUGGCAAAGAUAGUACCUGAAGACGAAAAGGUUUUCAUCUGUAGUUUGUGUGGGAAUGAAUUUGUAUUUCCUAAACGCUGCAUCACCCAUGUUAUGAAAACUCACGAGAUGAGUGUGGUAGAUUCUAUGAGUCAUAUUGAGAUUGGUAAAAGAGAAGCAGCUCCAAAGUCCUGCGAUAUCUGUGGCUAUGUUACCAAGGAUGCGAAUCAUUAUUAUAUGCAUUAUCAUAAAUACUUCCGACAUGGUGUUCCUUUACCAAAAGGCUGGAAACCAUAUAAAUGUGAUAUCUGUGGAAAAGAAUGUUUUACAAAGUUCCAGUUAAAAGACCAUAAACUUAUUCAUGUUGAACAGACUCCAUUUGUGUGCGAGACCUGUGGCACAGGGUUCAAAUCUAGAACAUGUCUAAACAGCCAUGUAUAUCAUAAGCACAGUACAGUGCGCAAACAUCCAUGUACAGAGUGCACCAAAACUUUCAAAACACGCACCCAGUUGUUGGUCCACAAGCGAACUCACAGUGGAGAAAAGCCAUUCCAGUGUCCAGAGUGUACAUACAAAAGCACAACAAGGGGAAACAUGAGAAUCCAUCUCACAAACAGGCAUAAGCUCAGCUCUGAUGAAAUCAAGUACUUGAUGGAAAGCAUCAAGUACAAUCCUUCUGUGCUGUGUAUCGUGGAAGUCAAUGAAGAAUAUGAUGAGCCAAGUCCAAGUGUGCAGAAAGACUCAAAAUCAGCAAAGUCAGGCCAGUCAAAAACCUCAACCAAAACACAAAAUGUCAUGCUGAUGAACCAGAAGGGUGAGAUUGAUGUGGUAGACAGCCAGACAUACAAUGAAUCUCUUGUCAAUGGAGGAGCUGUUAAGCUUGCUUCACAGCUCCAUGUCAAAGCCAGUGAAUCAAGUACAGACCUUAAUCCAAUGCAUUCAACCCUGAGCUCUCUGAUUGAAUCCACUGCUGCAAGUGCAGGAACCAGUUCAUCUGCUGCUGAUUUGCAGGAUCCCCAACAGUACCUGUUACAGACUAUCAACAUUCCUAUAUCCCAGGAGGUUGCUCUAGGAGAUGUAGACGCAGCUCAGCUGCUGUUGAAUCAUGUUAGUGGAGAUCAGCUUCACCACACAGAUCAUCCUUACACUUUGGAAACACCAAUCAACUUAGUGCAGGGAAAUUCCCAAAACUUGAGUACCACAGAACAAGGCCAGAAAACUUACACAACAGAAGAAAUCCAAGCUAUGCUUGCAAAUACAGGGAGACAGUAUGCGCAGCAUAGCAAGACUCAGAGUGAAACAUUCAUACAGAUGGUACCUGCUGCCCAGCUUCAACAUGUACAGCUACAGGAUAGCUCACCUCAAAAUAACCUGAAUAUCGGCCAGUCCUCUGCAGUCACCUCUCAAGAAGUCCCUUUACAAAACAUGUCCCCCAUUAAGAAACAGAUACAAUAUCAGUACCAGAUGAAUGCAGAUCCUGCUCACUCCAUCCAGUUAGAAAACCAGGAUCACCCAAGCUCACUGGCAAGUCAAUUGGCAUCCUCCAACCAUUCACAGCCGUCGGUGUCCCUCCUUCCUGUUAGCCUACAGGCCACCUUCACCCCUUCAGUCCAAUAUGUCACCAUGACUAGGAGGAAUGACUCUCAGACAACAGCAUCUACUAGUGCAGGGCCAAUAACAUAUUUUGUCAAAACUCAGAAACCUGGCACAGACACUCCCAAACUUGCCUCCAUUUUACAAAACCAGAAAAAGCCAGACGAGGAGAUCCUUCCCCCAACUCAUACUCUAUGGAAUACACCAAUCACUAUACAAGACACUGUUGCGACUAGUGCCCCUGCUGGCCAGAGAAAUCAAGGACGUCAAGCCUACAAUAAUAAUUCCGUGCCAUCUAAUGGACGAUUUGCUGCUAAUGACAGUGACAAUUAUUUUUCAACCUUCAAAUCAUGAUAUAUUAAUACAUCAAAUAUAUUAUCAAAUUAAAAAAAAAACAAUAUGAAUUAAUGUACGUUGUGCAUAUUUAGAUGAUUUUAAUACCAUUUUGUGUAUAUUUAUUGAUAGAUGUUUAUGAGUACAUUUAUGUUUACAUUUGAUGAAUUAAAAAAAAAAUCAUGAAGAAUGAAAUAAAUACAUAACAGCUAAUGUUAAAAUGACUAUGUAGAGUUAGUAUCAGUCAAAAGGCCUAUGUUUUUUUAAGUGAAAAAUAUUUUGAAGGAUUGUAGGGGAAGAAAUCAUUUCUUUAAUAAAGAAACCUCAUGCUGAGUU